CAUCUCCUCAGCAUCCAUCCCGCCGCCAGCAUGGCUGCCCUCACGUCUGUUGUAGUCGCCGUCGCCGUCGGCUUGCUGACCUUCUUCUACCGCGCGCGUUGGCAGAAGGGCCGCCAGCCGCGACUGCUCAAACUGCCCCUCAUCGGCGAUUUGCAUCGCUCCCCCCUCGAGACCCCGCUGGCCAACUGGGACGCCUGGACCAGGCAUCAUGGGCCCGUCACGGUUGCCCGGCUGUUUGGAAUCAUUCCGAUUGUGGUCCUGAACUCGUUCGAGGCCGCGACGGAAUUGUUCAGUCGCCGGAGCCCAUGGUACAGUAACCGACCGGCCUCGGUGAGCAUGGAGAUGAUUACGGGGGCGGAGCCAGGCCGGUCCCGGUUUACCUUGAUGCACGACUAUGACGAGCACCUCAAGCUGCACCACCGCAUCCUGGCCCCCAGUCUCGGGGCGCUCGCCGCCGCCCGGUACCAGCCGGUGAUGGAACUGGAGUCCACACAACUGCUGUUCGACCUGUGCCAUGCCGUGCGCCAGACCGCCGACGGCACCAUCAGCACCACCACCACCAUCUACCCGCUCCUGGAACGCACGCAGUCGAGCGUGAUCCUGGCGUUGCACUACGGUCGGCGCGUCUCGAGCGGCGAGGACUCCCUGUUGCACGAGAUCCUCGAGACCCAAGCGAAGGUGACCCAUCUGGCCGCCAACCCCGGCCUGCCCGAUCUCCUCCCGCCCCUGCGGCACUUGCCCGCGUUCCUGUCCCCCUGGAAGCGAGCCGCGGACCAGCUCUUCGCCACCCAGACGGACCUCUAUCUGCGGCUGUUCCGGCAGGGCAGGGACACCCCGGGCUGGAACGCCACCAAGCAGGCCCUCUCGACGGCCCAGAAGUACACCCCGGUCCCCGACCUGGAUCUCGCCUUUACCCUCGCCACGUCCAUCCAAGGGGGCAUGGAGACCUCCCCCCGUCAGCUGCUGUGGUUGUUCAUUGCCAUGCUGCACCAGCCAACGAUGCUAGCCCGAUCUCACGCCGCGCUGGAUGCCGUGGUCGGACGCAACCGCCUCCCCCGGUUUGCGGAUCGGGCGAGGCUCCCGAUGAUCGACGCCAUUGCGCACGAGCUCUUUCGCUGGCGACCCGUCUCGCCGGGCUCCAUUCCGCGUCGGGCGGACCGCGACGACGAUUUCCAGGGGGUACCCAUCGCGAAAGGCGUGACCGUCAUGGCGAACGCCUGGGCCAUCGGCCGGGACGCAUCCGUCUUCGACCCCGCGCGUGGGGACCUCGACGACUUCGUGCCAGACCGGUGGCUGCGAUCGGACGAGGGCACGGGGACGGCAAAACUCCGAACGGACCUCCCCUUGCCGGUGUUCGGGCAGGGUCGACGGAUCUGCCAGGGGAAGCGCGUGGCGACGGACGGGAUGUUCAUGCAGGUGGCCAGUUUGCUCUGGGCCUUUGAGAUCGAGCCCGCGGAGGGGGCGGUGGUGGAUCCCUGGGCGAUGACGGUGGUGGGAUUCAUGACGAUGCCCUCGGAGCUGAGGGUCAGGCUCAACCCCCGCGGACCGUGGGUCGGGGAGGUCAUCCAGGAAGCGUGGGAGACCGCGGAGAAGAGUCUGGAGACCGUCAUGGGGCCGGUGGAGGAUGUGGAGGGGGAUCCUGCAAUGGACCCAGGCCGGCAGUCGGCGGCGAGCACCUAAGCAUGUAUCACCAACCGUAUUACGCACAGUCGCACAGACUACUAUUUCUUGACAGAGAGGACUG